GAGCCGGAGCCGGAGCAACAAGCCCUGGGGAAGGCCAUGCACCGAGGCGUGCCAGGACCAGGCCUCAGGGGCCUGAAGGCGGCCGAGGGCUCUGCCAAGGACUUGGGGGGCUCUUGCCUGGAGGCCGGGAGGGAUUUUGGGGUGCUGAAGGAGAACGGCGCUCCCCGCACCCUGGGCGAAGCAGAUGAGGCGCCGAGCAGCAGAAAGCGCGCGCGGCCGGCGCGGUCCAAGGCGCGGCGCGUGGCGGCCAACGUGCGGGAGCGCAAGCGCAUCCUGGACUACAACGAGGCUUUCAACGCGCUGCGCCGGGCGCUGCGGCACGACCUGGGUGGCAAGAGGCUCUCCAAGAUCGCCACGCUCCGCAGGGCCAUCCACCGCAUCACCGCGCUUUCCCUUGCCUCCCGGUCCACCCCAUCGCCCAAAGGACACCCUCGAGCAUGCAGGUCCACUUUCCCCUCCACUGUUUACAUCUCAGCAUCCUUCGUGCUCAGGGGAGCUAAGGUUGGGAGCGGGCAGAGCUGGAACGAGGGCUGGUGUGGCCACACCCUGGGUACUUGGUUGGAAUACUUGGGUACUUCAUCUUCCUCCAGUUCAUCUGAAUGCCCUUAA